CAUUGGUCCGUCACCUGGCACUGAAAACCCAACGCGGAACUGCACGAGGAAGCGGCAGACAAAAACAAGAGAUAGCCGUGCUACUACGGGAUUAAAGACAUAAUUACGGAUGUCGUGGGUGACUCACAAGAAAAAUGUCCAGUAAGGAGGGUGGGGAAGAGAAAAAUGACCAACCUGUUGCCAUGUCGCCUGAAAGAAUGGCCACUGACAAAAGCAGAGAAAACCAGAACCAGCGUGGCAUCCAGGCAGCAGAGGGCACCACAGACACCAGCACAACAGCAAAAAACUUGGCCAUACUGAAAGCACACUCUCUGGAUGUGAAGUUCGACGUCGGAGAGGAGUAUGAUGUUAUUGAAACCAUCGGCACAGGGGCCUAUGGUGUUGUUUCAUCUGCCAGGAGGCGGGAUAAUGGCCAGCAGGUGGCAAUAAAGAAGAUCUCCAAUGCCUUUGAGGUGCUGACAAAUGCCAAACGCACAUUGCGAGAGCUGAAGAUCCUUAAGCAUUUCAAACAUGACAACAUUAUCGCCAUCAAAGACAUCCUGCAGCCGAACCUUCCUCACUCUGCCUUCAAGUCUGUGUACGUGGUACUGGACCUCAUGGAGAGUGACUUGCACCAGAUCAUACAUUCUGCCCAGACGCUCACCUCAGAGCACACCCGCUACUUCCUGUACCAGCUCCUUCGUGGCCUUAAAUAUGUGCACUCUGCCAACGUCAUCCACCGUGACCUCAAACCCUCCAACCUGUUGGUGAACGAGAACUGUGAGCUAAAAAUCGGGGACUUUGGCAUGGCGCGGGGUCUAAGUUCACACCCUGAGGAGUCUCAUUCCUUCAUGACUGAAUAUGUGGCGACUCGAUGGUACCGUGCUCCUGAACUGCUGCUGUCUCUGAAUCACUAUAGUUUGGCCAUUGACUUGUGGUCUGUUGGCUGCAUUUUUGCAGAAAUGUUGGGCCGUAAGCAGCUUUUUCCUGGUAAGCACUACGUCCACCAGCUUCAGCUCAUUCUGUCCGUGUUAGGCACUCCUCCAGAGGGUUUGAUAGGUGCUAUUAGGGCAGACAGAGUGCGCUCUUAUGUUCAGAGUCUUCCAUCACGGUCGUCUGUGCCUCUGGCCAAACUGUACCCACAAGCCGAAGCAGACGCUUUGGACUUGCUGGCGGCCAUGUUGCGCUUUGACCCCCGUGACAGAAUCACUGUAACACAAGCGCUGGAGCAUCCUUACCUGGACAAGUACCACGACCAAGAUGAUGAGCCAAUUUGCGUGCCAGCUUUUGACUUUGAAUUUGACAAGCUUCCUAUGAACAAGGAACAAAUUAAAGAGGCGAUUCUGAUGGAGAUCCAGGACUUUCAUCUAAACAAACAGACCUGUCGUCAAAGGCUGCAGUUCAGGCCUCUGCCAAGAGCGAACGUCAGAGCUGAGGCACAGACCAGUAACCAGUGUAAUGUUCAGCCUGCGACUGUUAACCUUAGCAAACCAACACUGGUUCCAAUGGCACAACACCCGCAAGUAGCACAAGUGAAACCUCAACAGCAACAAGACCACACACCAGCAGAAGUGAACCACACAUUUACAAAUCAGUUGCAAACCUUUAACAAGCCUGCGUCCCUUUUAGAAGUCAUCCCGCCUCAUGUGACCCAUAAUCUGCCUCUGCUCUCGAAAAGUGAAAGUGACCCAGUUGAUGUGGACAUGCCCAGUGCCAACUCAGACAGCGGUCAGCCAGAGACCAUCGAUUUAACCACACCCGUGUCCAGUCAGGACACUCCACCAGAAACAAUGAGAGACAGUGAGGUACCGGAGCAGCUAACUAGUACUCAGGCUCCUCUGACUCAGUCCACCCAGAGCCAGUCCAUGACCCCAGCUCCCACCUCCAUUCCUGCAACGCCAGCACAGACCCUGACACCCCUCCCCACCACUGUGCCUUCCCUUUCUCUCUCUGUGGCACAGGCCCAGUCACUGUCUCAGUCCCUUUCACAGUCGCUGUCCAAGAAUGCAAGGCCUCCUCCAGGUGCAGGAGAGGGAACCAGAAAAGAAGGAGCCAUUUCAGAGGACACCAAAGCUGCACUCAAGGCAGCUUUAUUGAAGUCAGCUCUCAGAAACAAAGCCAGGGGUGAUGGAGGUACCUCUGCUCUGGGCAUUGACGCUUGUGCAGGAGGAGGUCUAUCGUCCUCACUGUCUUCUGUGGCAGAAUCGCGUCGGCCUGUCACAGCACAGGACCGUCAACGGGAACGUGAGGAGAAACGAAGGAAGAGGCAGGAACGGGCAAGAGAGAGGGAGAGGAAAAUGAAGGAAAAGGAGAGAAGAGAGGGAAAGCAGGGGGACUCGCUGGGUGGGGUUCUGCUGAGCGACAAUGACAAAAGCCUUUUGCAGCGUUGGACAAAGAUGAUGGACAGAGGCGGUGAGAAAUCUCAAAUUCCUAAUAAUAAUGAUGGAGCAAAGAACAAGGACUGUAAUGUGAACUCACACCCUUGUGUAACCAUCGGGGAUAGUGCACAUGGAGCACUGAACAACAACACGGACAAAGAGGCAAGGAAGAUUCAGUCUCAUGAACAGUUCAUCUCUCAAGUUAAACCCAACCAGCAGGGCAUUUUUCAGCCUCCCAGCACUCAACAGCCGUCAUUACUUUUCUCCAUGAACCAGAGGAAGCCUUCAGCAGAUAUUGUUGUUGCUGUAAGCGGAGGGAUAGAAAUAAUGACUGUCGCUGGUGGCUUCGUUAAGAACAAUACCCUCAAACCUCACAACGAGAGCAAUGGACAAAGCGGUUUCAACUGUUUGGGGAACUGGAGUGGGCAGCAGUUAGAGACGAGGCCAGCACAGCAGCCACAACCAAACAGGAAGCCACAGCCUCCCACGACGAGCUUUCUUCAGCCCCAGCUCCAACCUCAAACCCAGCCUGAGCCUCAGCCUCAGUCACAGCUGAUUCCUCUGGAGACCUUUUUGACUAAAGCUCCAACUCUCACCACCAGAGAGACAAAUGGCAACGUGGAUAUCGGAGGCCAGAAUAACCUUAACUCACACCCGAACCCGUCGACUUCAAGUGUCAGUCGAAUGGAGAAGCUGUGCCCCUCAGUAGGAGAGAAAUCUGGGCCACAGACCACAAACCCACUCUGUGGGGCUUUAGGGGUCCCCUCACAGCCUCAUCCAAGCUUAGGAUUCACAGAUACUGGACAACAGGGGCCCCCUAUCGCCCCUGACAUCCAUACAGUAACACUGCAGCUCUCAAAAUCCCAGGUGGAAGACGUCCUACCCCCUGUGUUCUCGGUCACCCCUAAGGGCAGUGGGGCUGGGUACGGUGUGGGCUUUGACCUGGAUGAUCUUCUCAAUCAGUCUCUCACAGACCUGCAGCACUGUGACCGGGACAGUUAUGACUCAGCCCCCCUCUCGGCCUCCCUCUUAUCUGAUUGGAGCGAGGUUCACCGCAUGACUCCAGCUGAUCUGGAAUCGCUGCAGCAGGAGUUGCAGCUCGGCUCUCCCAUGAUCCUCUCUGAUACCAUUCCCCCUGAUGCCUAACUUUCCCUCCUGGAAUUUCAAAGACGAUUGUGUACAUGAUAGUUGUGUUUUUAAAGCAUGAACAUUUUGACUAAAGACUCAUCAAAUUAAUUUAAAAGCUAGCUUUUUUAAUAGGCACUACUGAGCAGUCUUUUUUUACCAUAACGACAUGCUGCACUUUCUUUAUAAUAAAGAAAACUGUGUCAUCAUCA